AUGAGCUCAGAAACUGGUUCGCCUUUACCUACUACAUCCACUACUAGAAAGCGUACACAUUUAAAGCCAAGUCAAGUGGCUAUACUACAAGAAUCUUUUAAUAUAAAUCCUCUUCCAGAUUCUAGUGUUCGCAGUCGAUUGGCUCGGGAGCUUGCCGUUACGGAAAGAACUAUUCAAAUUUGGUUUCAAAAUCGUAGAGCGAAGGCUAGGAAGGGAGAGCUUAUGGGUCCAUCACUUUCAUCUCAUGUUUCUUCGCUUAUGAAUAGACCUGACUGGAUAUCAUCUUCUCAUAGACUUUCUACACCUCCUCGUUAUCAAGCUACUUUCCGUACUAUGAUGACUCCUGAACGUUUUGAAGAAUUAAAGCAUCAAGACCAACAACAACAACAGCAUCAACAGCAGAAUUCUUCUAUUCGUAAAAGACCCCGAUCAAUUUCAAAACCAGAAACAAAGUCUUCUCAUUUAUUGGAUAUAGUUGCAAGUCAUCACCAAGAGAAUACAACUAGAGCUAUGUCUGAAGAUUUAUAUACUACUACUCCGAUUCAAAUGGUACCACUUCCUGUUAGUGUACUUCGAAUUGGUACUUGGACACGAUUUGCUCAUAGUUCAUCUUUAUAUCAAAGGGACUGGGACUUGGUUUGCUAUAGUAGUCCUGUAGAUCGUGAAUUAGUUUGGCGUAUACAAGCAGAAGGUCAUUUCUUCAGAAUUCAAAUUAGUUUUGAUCAUAUUCGUCAACUUCGUCUAAGUCAACAAAUUCAAUUAGAAACAGGAGAACUCGUUGGUCAAUUAGAUAUUGAAUUGACUUUACCUUUAACCUUCUCUAUGUGGAGAUUAGGUCAAGACGAAGAUUGGGUACGUUGUGGUGAUUUUACAGAAGAUAAACAAGCAAGUGUAGAUGGUUUCCAUAUUUUACAAGGAAAUCAUGAUGCAUUUAAACAAGCUCUUUUAGAUUUAAUUUCUUUAUCACCUGAAUUAGCCACUAAAAUGUGUGUUAUUCCAAUUACUACUACUACUGCUGCUGCUGCUGCUGCUGUUGAUUUAAUUCAACCUCCUCCUCUUGAUCUUUGUCGUGAUUUUACAAUGUCGCCUUCUGCUACACCAGAACCUUCUUCAUUGACAGCAACUGGAUAUGUUCCACAACCAUGGAUGAUGUAUCACGGUACUCUUCCGUCUUCAUAUGGUAUGAUAAAUCCUCAACAAUUAUCUACCAAGACAAAUCCAACUAUGUCUCACUUGAUGCUUCAAGCUCCCUUUUUCUACCCUUCAACACAAACAAAUACAGAGAAUGAAGAUCUAUAUCAACUAUUACUUCAACAAGAUCAACAACAGCAACAAUCUAUCAUAUUCCCUCCUUCUAUUCUUAUGUAA